UGCAAAGAAAACCAAAGCCCGCUUCUUUAGAAAGACCCUAUUCCCACGCUUUGUUUUCUUUCAAUCUUUUGCAUACGAGUGAACGAGAGAGAAAUUGAGAGAAAACUGAAAAAGAAACAACAAUCAAAAGCGUCACAACUUGAAACAACAACUACUUCCCAUUGUUUGGUUUGCUUGAUUCCAAUUUUGACAGUUUUUCUCCAUUUCCUUGCUGAUCAAUAACAAUUCACAAACAGUGGUUUCCGUUCCAAUCUUUUUGGAUUGGUUUUUCACUCUGGGUUUGUUUUGUUUUCUACAUUGGUUGAUUCCUUUGUCUUGCGGUUUGAAAGAAAGUAGAUAGAGAUAUUAUGGUUGUGGAUUCAUGGCUUGUGUAAGUGAUUUGAAUCUUUUUUCUACAUUGGAAUUCAAUAUAGAGGUUAUAUAGAUUCUUGGGAAUUGGAUACGUAUUCUUUUUGUUAUAGUGGAUUCAAUUUCUUGGAUUAUUAUAUACAUCACCAUGGCUGAGAAGCAAGGAUCUUCUAUCACCAGGAAAUCUUUCUUUUGCUUGUUUUUGACAACUACAAUGUUGUUUGUAUUAUCCUGGUUGUUUGUGUUACGUUCAACAGGCCAUUCUGGCUUCUUUGAUCGUAAAUUGCUGCCAACUGAAAAGCUUCGUACCGUUAUAAACAAUGGCAAUUCUGAAUCUUCUAGUCAGAGUAAUGUUGAAUCUUCAAAUGGAUCAAGUCGAGCAAUUCUUGCAAAUAAUGAAGAAGGAGAAGGAGAAGAACCUCCAAAGAGAGAAGAAGGAUUCCAAGAUAAGGAUGGUGCUAUGAAUUGUAAUGGGAAUGUUAAAGAACCACUCAAGAUUUUCAUGUAUGAUUUAGACCCUGACUUUCAUUUUGGACUCUUGGAUUGGAAGCCCGAAGGCGGUAGUGUUUGGCCUGAUAUUAGAACUAGUAUACCAUCCUAUCCUGGUGGAUUGAAUUUGCAGCAUAGUAUAGAAUAUUGGCUGACAUUGGACCUGCUGGCAUCAGAAAUUUCUGACAAUCCCAAUAACCGUGUUGCAAUCAGAGUGCAAAAUUCUAGCGAAGCUGAUCUCAUAUUUAUACCUUUCUUUUCUUCGUUGAGCUAUAAUCGAUUUUCCAAGGUGAACCCCCAUCAGAAGAGGAGCAAGAACAAGGUGUUGCAAGCCAAGUUGGUGAAGUUUGUGACAGCUCAAAAGGAAUGGAAGAUGUCAGGGGGACGAGACCAUGUUAUCAUGGCUCACCAUCCAAACAGCAUGUUAAAUGCUAGGAUGCAACUGUGGCCUGCAAUUUUCAUACUCGCAGAUUUUGGUAGGUAUCCACUGAAUAUAGCAAAUGUUAACAAAGAUGUGAUUGCACCUUACAAACAUGUAAUCAAAAGCUAUGUCAAUGAUACAUCUGAUUUUGAUAGCCGGAAAACUUUACUGUUCUUCCAAGGAGCCAUAUACAGGAAAGAUGGUGGAUUUGCUCGACAAGAGUUAUAUUAUCUUCUAAGGGAUGAAAAAGAUGUACAUUUCUCGUUUGGAAGUGUUAAAAAGGAUGGGGUGAACAAAGCUAGCCAGGGAAUGCACUCAUCCAAAUUUUGCCUAAACAUAGCAGGUGACACUCCAUCAUCAAACCGCCUUUUUGAUGCCAUUGCCAGCCAUUGUGUCCCUGUCAUUAUCAGUGAUGAGAUUGAGCUCCCGUAUGAAGAUGUUCUCAACUACUCCGAAUUCUGCUUAUUCGUUCGUACAUCUGAUGCUCUCAAAGAAAAAUUCCUUAUAAACCUCAUCAGGAGCAUUAAGAAGGAAGAAUGGACUCGAAUGUGGGAGAAGUUGAAAGAAGUUGAGCCUUUAUUUGAGUUUCAAUAUCCAUCAAAGGAAGGUGAUGCUGUUCAAAUGAUAUGGCAGUCAUUGGCACACAAGGUACCUGCUAUUAAGAUGAAGGUAAACAAAUCUAGGAGAUACUUUCAUUCUGUUCCUCGCAGAGAGAGAGGGUUAAGAACUAUUCCUGCACCACAUAACUUCUGGUGAGAAUUGGAACACAAAUUCUCAUCCUUUUUAUGGAUUUGAACCAUUUUAGAGAUCUUGAUAUCAAAGGCAUUAGGAUUUUGAGACCGAAACAGAUUUUUUUUUUUUUAAAGAACAAAAAGCCCAUAGGUCUAGGCACUUAACCUUUCAAUUGUGAAGAAUCCAGAAGUUAGUUCAGUUGGCACAUUCUGUCAUCGUGGCAUAAAACAAAUCCGAAGUUCAAAUCUCAGCACCUGUAUCUCAUUCCCUUGUUGUUAAGACUUUGGUCUCCCUUAUACACCCCCCAAAAAAGGGUAUAUGACUUCCAUGGAACUAAAGUCUGAAUCAGUUGAAGUAUUGAAAAUUGGUUCAAAUCUUUGUAUUUGUGUACACGUUUUUACGCAACUUAUUUGUCCUGAAAGAGUGGUACAUAGUGGUUUGUUUUUCACAAAGGUUUUGCUCAGUUAUGUGGAAGUUCUAUGCCUGGAUUGAAGAGGUCUGCUGCUAUGACCUGUCUAUUCUAUAAUGUAAAAUUAUGUUCUUUUCUGCAGUUGAACAUCAGAUACCAGCACAUUCUCCAGUUUUAUAAUUUUGUAAUCCAA